ACAGCGAGGCGGAGCCACCUGAUUGGCUGCACUGCAGGGCGGAAGUGCGUCUGUUUUCCCAGCUGGGAGCUGAAAACAAAACAAGACAAGCAACGACUGAACCAUGAUGGAUGAGCUGGUGCAGGACCUGGUGUCUGCACUGGAGCAGGCCUCUGAGCAAAAUAAGUUAGGGGAGCUGUGGGAGGAAAUGGUCCUCAGUCCGCUGCAGCAUCGGCGACAGAUCCGGCGGCGCAGAGGUCGGAAGCGCCUUCACGAGUCCUCCGUCUAUCCGGUGGCACGCAGACGUCGCUGGAUUGAGGCUUCUGAGUCCAGCCUGGAUGAGGCCAAAGAAUAUAGGGAGAACAUAUCCUCCACCUUCACCACCGCUGUGGCAAACCACAGCGACUCAGAUGAUAUGGCCACCACUGACCACUGGCCUCGUGUCGUCGGCGGCCCUGUCAGAUCCAGACACCCAUCUUGGCCAGAGUCCGAUUCCUUCACCGACAGUAAUCCAGGACAGCCACUCAGAAGACGCAGGAAGGUCAAGCGUAUGACUUCUGACAUGACGGUCAGACUUCAGCAGAAGUUGCAUGAUGGAAAGAAGAGGCACAGGCCAUCUAAGGUUCAGCGUUUGUCAGGAACUAGGAGGAGGUCGAGCAGCUGGACUGGACCUGAGAGACAGACAGACGGAGGCAGAAUGAUGGGAAAGGAGUGCUGGAAAAGAAAGAUGGCGAAGGAAAGUAGAGACGGUCCAGAUGAGAACAUGUCUGAUGGGGAAACCAGCAGCACGUGCAGCAGUGACCCCGGCCUGUUCACCAAUGAUGAAGGAAGACAAGGUGAUGAUGAGCAGAGCGACUGGUUCUUUGAGGGGGACUGUGGAGUCGGCCUGCUGCCCAACUGGGACUCUGACAGUCCACUUUCACUUGAGGAUAGACAAUCCUCCACCAACUUUCUCCAACCUGCACGGCGCGCUGUUAGAGGGUAUCAUUCACGCCCUAAACGACUGGCUUGCUCUGCUGCCUGCUGCAUCAGGCGGGACAGGAGGCGUCUACCUAGAAAGAGCAACAACAUGCCGGUGUUUGUGGAAAGACUGAGACAUUUCACUGCAGAUCAUUGCCAGAGAAAAUUCUGGCUGCCUUCUGUUGGGAAUCAAGACAGAAACCAGCUGAACCCUUUGUGCCCACUACCGAUGUGUCCCAGUGACAUGAUGUCAGAAGGUUCCUAUGUCAGAUGUUCCCCUCCAUCCAUCAGAAGCAGGCAGAUUAAUUUCAUUCCGGGGCUGUUUUGCUCGUCUGACAUGCGGAGGAAGAAAGAAACAGAAGCUGUUUUCAUCACAACAUCAGCUAUCAACCCAUUUCAUAAAGAUCAGCAGAGAAAGGAGGCUAAAGGAGGUGCCUGCAGUAACACACCAAACCCUGAAGCAGUAGGACCAAGUACACCUCAGUCUCCUACUUCUACUCAGCCUGAGAGUUCGUCUUUACUCCAGGGCAACCACGAGGACACUUGAAAGAGGCUUGACAGACCCAUCUAAUUCCUAAAGCGAUUGUGCCUGAGAACGAAAUAGCUAGAACCCCCUUCUACUCAACAAACUUUACAACAAAGAAAGAAAAAUACAAAAGCACAUCAUUAGUCUUCAAAUCAGCAUGUUCCUGCUCGAUCCAGCCCUUCCCUUAAGCAUGACAAAUGUUAAUGCAAUCAAGCCUUGUUAAGCGCUCCGCCAUCUCCUUAAGCAAGAAGGCAGCUUCAAGUGGCUCCUCGUUCGACUCAAGACUUUACUUCUCUUCCUGUUUCCACACUGAGUCUCCAGGCCACCCGCCACUGCAUAAUCCAUUAAUUAUGUCCACUCCCGUAGCACAGCACUUGUCAGCAGGAACCUCGGAAAGUAUGGUCAGUUGAGGCUCGUUGACCAGGGGGCGUCUGCUCCACUUUAAGGCAACCAACAAUGGCUGUAAAGCAGCUAGCUCUGAGGGAGAUGAACAUCACAAUGUUUAGCUGCCACAUGCUGUUGCGGGGUUAAGAGAGGCGACCACCGCUGGCGAGCCACACAAAGUACAGGCCUCCUAUUAGCAUGGAUUUGAAAAGCUACAGUUGCUACAAAGGUGCUCAUUAGCACAACAUAGAGGGAGCAUAGUCAUGGUCCUUGGAGGGCCGCCUCUGUUCUCAUCAGGUUACCUUCUAUAUUCAAAUUUCCCCAAACAGAUUUAAAGUUCAAGGCUGGCUGUAAAUCUGUCUGAAAAAGCUGGUUUUUUUUAGCAAUGCUGGCUGAGUUGCUUUUGGAGCUGGAGGAGCAACAGGAAACAGGAAAGGAGGGUUAUACACAGUGUCUUCAAAACUCCAAACAAACAAAAUAAUCUGAGCAAAGCAAAUAAAUAGGUGCAUAGAAAAGGAUGUGCAAAGCAAUAAAAUCAAUUCAACUUCUAGUGCAGUAGCAUUAUCUCACUUGAAAAAUGUAGAAAAUUCAAUCACCUAUAAUGUGAGUACAUUUAUUCAGCAAUGAAACUCAUAUCAAUAUAUUUUACAGCCCACAUUUUUGUCAGUAGGACAAUUUUAGUCUCCUAAAACUUAUCACAUUUUUGGAUCAUACAUACAGAAAGAUCUUUGAGGAUUCCUCUGCCCUCUCCCAAUUUGAUUCAGAGUCCCGAAUGGGUUUUAUGUUCUCUUCACUUCAAUCAACAAGUUUUCUGCAGGUCCAGGCACUGCGGUGCAAAAGAAGAAGGUUGUUUGUGUGUCCGGUGAAUCAAUUCUGUGUUGAUUUGUCCAUAUAUUUUGGAUAAUGUUCCAGCUGAAAGACACAUUGAUGACUCAUUUUUAUUUUUCUGAUAGAGUUCACCAGAUUCCAAUUUAAAAUGUCAUCAUAUUUUAAUGAGUUCAUGAUACCCAGCAUUUUAACAAAGCUCCCUGAAAAUUUAGAAAAGAAAGAGGCCCACCACGUCACAGAUCAUCCACCAUAAUUAGAAGAAAGUAGAAAUAUCCUAUAUUGUCCCUGAGUGGGGAAAUUCAGGAGUACUAGCAGCAGAAAGGUACAGGUAUACGGAAGCCUGCAUGCUCAAACAUGCAUGGUUGAAAAAUAUAAAAACAGAAAAUAAGAAUAAGAGAACCAAGUUUUUAGUCAAAUAUUGCUUAUUACCAGUAAAAACUGCAAGUGUAAGCAGCAUAGCCUGCUAAAAUUCUGAUGAAGUUUUUAACCAAAAGUUAAUCACAUUUUUUAAGGUCUUUUUUAACAGAAAUUCACAACAUAAUCACCAGCUGUAUGACAUGUCUUUUCAGAUAUUUUAAAGCCUUUUUAAAGAGAAGAAUUGCAUUUAAUAAAAUGAGAUUUGCUAAUUAAUGUGAGUUAUAUGUCUGCAAUAAUCUGUGUGAGAAGGAUUUAUAUGAUCAUGCUGGGGAGGGUUGACAUUUAUAAAUGCUGUGUGGGCACACUAUAGUUUAAAUGGAUGCCUCACACUACUUUGCUAGUUGCUGCCACAGAAAUCCGUCAGUGUUCAGAUCUCCGCAAACUCCUCAGCCGCUACUGGUUUCCCUCCUUUUCACAUCAGCAAUGCACCUGGUAAAUAGGAAUUGCACAGGUUAAUGAUCAUUGUAAAACAGAAAAAAAGGAGCUAAUACAUUUAUAAAUUGUUUUUUAGAGCAGUCUGCUUCUCAGCUGUUUGAGAUGUAUUUACGUGUGUUUUGAACUGGAAGAGCUUUACAGUGUUUGCUUAGUUAAUGGCCAGUGAUUUUUAGUUUUUUCCAUUGUAUGAAAAAGGGCCUAAUAAAAGUACAAGUAACAUUUACCCCAGAAAAAGUCCCUGGAAGAGAAGUAGGACGCAAUGAUCUCAGAAACUUCACACUCAUUUACUAGCGUAAACUUAUUAUAUUUUCUGUUGAUUGUGGAUUAGAAACUUGGAGUAAUUUAUUCUUUUCUUUCAAAGCACAAGAUUUAAAUCCAGUCACUUACAUUGAAUAUUACAACUUUGGGUUGCACAUUGUGAUCUGAAAAAUAUUUUCUAGAAAGUUUAAUUUUCCUCUUGCUGUCAGACCACAAAAGAGAGCUUAGUAGAUUAUCUGAUUGCAUUCAUGUAAUUGAAUAUAAGCACUGAAAGUUCAAAGGCAAUAUUGGUUAUAAAAAAACAGAUUUUAUUUAAUAUAAAGUUAACAAAACCACACCUGUUGUUUAGGAUACAUCCAAAAAGUACAACUAAGCUAAGCUAAUCUAAUUUAAUGAUGGUUCCUGUAGUAGACACAGAGCUUAUUAAAGAAUGAUUCCUUGUUCAUGGUAAAGAUUUCUGCAGUGGAAACUCACAUUAAGAUGCAUAAAUUCCUGCAUGGGUCAGUCAGUAGAUGGGAAACAACACCCCAGCUGCCACAGAAUAAUUAGCAGUCCCCAUAAUGACACCUCUCCCAGACCUUAUGCCUCAAAAUUAAUUUACAAUGGCUCGGAAAUAGGGGAAUGGCUUCCGUAGAGCUAGUCAAUUGUCCUGUUACAGUUAAGGAAUCCGGCAGGCUGGUUGCACUCAUAUUUCAUCCCAGGUAAAGAUUACCUGUCAGGCCCAUGGGAGAUGUAUUGAUCUGUUUUCCUUUUUCUGGCAGCAAUCACCUGACAAAGGCACCUAGGAGGUGAGUGAAUGAGUGAUGCCUGGUCGGCCUGGUCUAGCCCAGUGGUUUCUGUUGUCCACUGAUAGGUUUUAAGCUUAUGAGGAAGAGCAGGAACAAUGCUCUCAUAAACUCUGCUUGAAACUCAUCUGCAUUCCCACAAAGCAGUGCCCUCUGUGACACAGGUCAAAGGGGAGUUAGUUUUUUUUUGCCUCCUUUCUUGUCAGUGGCGUUUGUUCCUACUGUGUACUGUGUACUGAUAAUGAAAAUGUAUGCAAAAAGUUCUCUCUGGUUCCUGCUGACAAUUGCAUGUUGUAAGUCACCUUAGUUCAACUCGCUUUGUAUUUCAGAAGAGAUUCACUUGCUUUGGACGGGCUUCUAAUGAGGAUGGAACCAUUUUCCCCUGACUUUCUGGUAGUCAUCCCUCUCUAUGUCAUGGUUUCUUGGCAGCUAAUGUAUUUAUGUAAUUGCCUUGAUAUAUAACGUAAGUAUUAUUGUUGACACCAUGCAUCUUAACUAAUUACAGUGUAUAAAAUGUGUUGUAUAGUAUUUAUGAUGUGAUUAUUUUACAUCUUAUAACUGAGGAUUUAGGAAUGAGGUCAUUAAAUUUCUUAAUAGAAUUACAUGAUAGAUCGCACUGGAGAUACAUCACCUUUUUAUAUAUUUUUUUUCUAAUUUCAUUUACAAGGAUUUAAGAAAAUCUUGGUGGUAUCAAGGCUCCAAGGCAGCUAUCACAUUUGGAAGGUUGUGCGAGUGGCAUCUUAUCUCUUAAGGCUGUUAUCUUUAUGGAGGCAUGCCUAAUUGCUUUGCAAAUGAUCUAAAGAGGAUUACUAAUCCUUCAGAAAACAUCUGUACCGUAUUACUUCAUGUAAGAGAGACGUUACAAUCCUAAAAUUCAACAUUAAAGAUUUUAUGCAGUAGCUUCCUUUCUGGUUUUAUAACUUAAAAAAACCAGUAAAACAGAUGAAUUGGUGAGUUCUUUAAUGAACUUUGUAUGGCUAUAAGAAAUUGUUGUAAAGCAACUCUAGUUAAACUCAAGUCAUUUGUGUAUUUGUAAUGUCUUGGAAAAUCUAUGCCCAAAACAUUGCUAUGUUUUUUCCCCUCUAUGUUAUGUGUGUAAAAAAAAUGCCAAUAUUUAUGCAUUUUUAAAUUUAAUGCUGAAUUCAUGUGCAAUAAAUUAGUUUUUGUGAUCAUGUUGGAAUGUUAAUGAGAGGACAGAGGUUUAGUCAGUUUUGUAUUUAACAGCAUUUACAGGCAGUAUUAUGCCUGUAAAUUCGGUCACUUGAUAACAAUAAUAAUAAACAAUGUCAUAAUUUA